AUGGACAGAGCAUGGUAUCCUGAGACAUAUGUCUAUAUUCAUUGGUAUGGUAGAGAAGCAAGUUGGGAAUCGCGGCUUAAUCUUCGAUUCGUUCAUGCUGGCGAUGAGCUGAAGACAGACAUGUUAAUCUACAAUGUGGCGAAGGAGCAAGAGGCUAAUUACUAUGAGGCACUCACAGGGGUGAGGCCGGAGUAUCCCCCGGCAAAUACUCAUAUGAAAAACAACCACUGGAGGAAUGUGAAUGCAUACCGAGGUGCAUACUGGUCUCAGCCACGUGCUGAGAAAAACAGGCGGAUAACUAGAGUCGAAUAUGAACCAGUUAUCCCGAACUCUGAAGAAAUUGAUGAGGGUAUAGGCAUGAGCAAUGGUAGUAGCUUCCAAGAAGCCAAUGAAGAAACUCAAGAGGGAUACUAUGAUGUUGAGGGAGGACAGAAAGUUCAGGACGAAAGGGAACAACAAGGAGAUGAUAUGGAAAGUUUUGAGAAAGUUCAGUUUCAGCGUGAUUUAAGCCCCAUCGAGGAGGAAGGUCCCAUCGAGGAGGAAGGUCCCAUCGAGGAGGAAGGUAGUGUUUCUGAGGGCGGAUCCGUCUUUACGCCUAACGGUAGCCCUAGCCGAUUUCGGUGGCAUGGUCAAACACAGCAGAGAUACGGUAUAUUUACUCCAAGAGCAACCAGGUCGCCUAGCUCUGGUUAUAUACCUCAGGGGGGUAGAGAUCAGGCCCGGGGAAUACCGGAAACGCCAAAUAACCGGGGUAUACUCAACCGGGGAAAUCAACAAUGGAUACCACCACGGGGUAACCAGCAGCGACAGACACCACAGUCCAGUCAGGGUAGCCAGCAGCGACAGACACCGCAGUCUAACCGCUCCAACCGCUCUAAUUAG